GCUCUGAGCAGGAUGCGUCAGCAGUACAUUCACGUUUCCACUGAAGGACAAAACGAGGAGAAAGAGUGCAGCGUCUCUGCUGCCUGCAACCCCAUCACACAGAGCAAAAUAGAGAGAGAGGAGAGUGGGCACUGGGGGUGAAGACUGCUGCUCUCACUGUAGACACACUGUUUAUGUGUGUCUCUCUCCGUUGCGUGUGCUUUUGCUGCCCACCUCCCACUGCAGAGCCGCCACCAACCCACAGCCUCACAGCCAGAGAAGGCGAACUGCCACAACUUACUACCUCAAGUCACGGGAAAAUAAGGAAUACCGCAGGAUCCACGACGGGAGGAGGGAGGAAAAACUACAUCCCCUGCAAGGUAUCUCUUGGAAAUUAGCCAUCCAUCACAUGGCAACAUCCUUCCUGUUUUUUUUUCCUUCUUUCUGACACUGAGAAGGAGAGAGAGAAAGGAAGCCAGACAGGGUGAGAGAGAGAGAGAGAGAGAGGAGAAAGAUUGAGAAAGAGAGAAAGUGCAAGUAGCGAACGAUCGGAGGAAAAGGAGAGAGCUUCACCACUGCUGCGCUGCUGUUGCUGCUGCUCCCCCCAUCAUCCUUCUCCUCCCUACCCCUUGAGCUCCCACAACACCAUCCCCGAGCCCCCUUCCAAAGAAAUUGAUGGAUUAUUGCUAACUGUGCACGCGGCUGUCCGCAGCGGCUACAGCGACAGACGAGAGAGCAGAGUGAGUUAAAAAAGCAAGAUGGAAUGACCGCAGUGUUCAUCUGUUAGCCUUUUUGGAUUCAUCAACGCAUGGCUAAUGAGCUGAACAAAUGUCGCGGUGGUGGACUAUGGCAAACUGAAAAAAAGGCAUAGUAGUCAGUAAAAGUGAAGAUAAAUCUGAGAGGGCUGGGAUUUUUUAUUCUUUUGUUUUCUCUUUUCCUUGGGUUUAAUGUGCAUGCACUUCUACAAUGGAGUCUUGUGAAAAUUGCUCUGUGGUAUUCAGCAUCGCCGUCCAAGGACAAUCAGUGGGGGAGCUGAGAAGAGAUCUGUUCCAAGUGAACUUGAUCCAUGCACCUGCUUAGCUGACUGGGCCCUGGACCCCUCGAAACAGUUUAGCUGAAAACUGCUUCUCUCUGGAAUUAAUAGGGGCCAUUUUGUCAAAUCAGUUCAUGAUCCACUUUUAAUUUUCAUUGAGAAACAACUUAAAAUGUUUCAGUAAUUUUGGUGGGAAACAUGAGCAAAUGGCCUUUGGGCUUUGCUUUACUAUAAAGGAUCAUAUUAAGGACAGCACUGAGCUAAUGAGCACCAUCCUGCACUGUAGAUGGAAAACAGAUGCAGAGCCUUGCUCAAACCAGGGUAGGGCCACUGUUCUCCGUUCCCCAGCCGAAUCCCCAUGCGAUGUUGAAUUAUGAACGCGCCACAUCAUGAGUCUCUUGUGGCAGGUAACUGUGCACCGUGCCUGGAACGCAGCCCUGCUCUGUGCAGUCUACCUCAUGGUGCGAUUGUUGAGUGUGUGUGCCGCCCCCUCCGGACCACUGACCUGUCCUGCCGUUUGCUCCUGUGGUAACCAGUUCGUUAAGGUGGUGUGCACCAGACGCGGCCUGGUCCGAGUGCCCCCAGGUAUCCCUGCCACCACACGACAUUUAAACCUGAUGGAGAACAGCAUAGAGACCAUUGAAGCUGGAAUGUUUCAACAUCUCCUCAACCUGGAGGUGCUUCAGCUGGGUAGAAACUCUAUCCGGGAGAUUGAGGUGGGGGCCUUUAGCGGCCUCAACAGCCUCAACACACUGGAGCUAUUCGACAACCGGUUGACGGUGAUCCCGAGUGGCGCUUUUGAGUACUUGUCUAAACUGCGGGAAUUAUGGCUCAGGAACAACCCCAUAGAAAGCAUACCAUCCUACGCAUUUAACCGCGUUCCCUCUCUCAUGCGUUUGGAUCUGGGAGAGCUUAAGAAGCUGGAGUAUAUUUCUGAGGGUGCUUUCGAGGGAUUAUACAACUUGAAAUACCUAAACCUUGGAAUGUGUAACCUGCGGGAGAUGCCAGCCUUGACCCCUUUAGUGGGGCUGGAGGAGCUGGAGAUGUCGGAGAACUACUUCCCAGAGAUAAAACCUGGAUCCUUCAGGGGUAUGAAAUCACUGAAAAAGCUGUGGAUUAUGAACUCCAGGAUCACCACAAUAGAACGAAAUGCAUUUGAUGAUGUCACAGCCUUGGUUGAGCUAAACCUGGCCCAUAAUAACCUUAGUUCUUUACCUCACGACCUUUUCGCACCCUUGAGUUAUCUGGUGGAGCUUCAUUUGCACCACAACCCUUGGCAUUGUGACUGUGAUGUUGUGUGGUUGGCCUGGUGGCUAAGGGAGUACAUUCCUACCAACUCCACCUGUUGUGGGCGCUGCCACACACCUCCUUACCUACGUGGACGAUACUUGGUGGAGGUGGAUCAGAGCACUUUCCAGUGUUCAGCACCUUUCAUUCUGGAUGCCCCUAGGGAUCUUAAUAUCUCUGCCGAACGAGUAGCUGAACUAAAAUGUCGUACGGCACCCAUGUCAUCGGUACGAUGGCUCUUGCCUAACGGAACGGUUUUGACCCAUGGUUCUAAUCACCCACGGAUAUCAGUGCUCAACGACGGGACGCUAAACUUCUCCAAUGUACUGCCAGCGGAUACAGGUGUGUACACCUGCAUGGUGACCAACAUGGCUGGCAACUCCAAUGCCUCGGCCUACCUGAAUGUGACGGCGGCUGAGCUCAACACUUCCAAUCUGAGUUACUUUACUACGGUGACUGUAGAGGAGGUGGAGCCCACAUCACAGGAAGUGAUCAAGCCAAAGACAGUAACCGCCUCCCCAUCCGUCUUUCAGCCUGUUUUUAUCUCCACACCGACCGUUUUAUUUCAAACCCCCCGACAGGUGUUUGUACCGACCGUACGUGGAACGAUACGCCCACCUGCCAGUCUCGACGAAGUCAUGAAGACAACCAAGAUCAUCAUCGGCUGCUUUGUGGCAGUCACGCUGCUUGCUGCCGUUAUGCUUAUCGCUUUCUACAAGCUGCGAAAACGGCACCAGCAAAGGAGCACGGUGGCAGCUGCUAGGACCAUAGAGGUCAUUCAGAUGGAGGAGAACGUUCCAACCACCCAUGCAGGGACCAGUAUACCAGGUGAAAGUGGAAUGAUGCUGCCUAGCCUGAGAGACCAUAAUAGCACCUACAAACCCAGUUAUAGCUCAUACAGAUCAGCACACUCUGCUCCCUGGGCGGAGAACAACAUUGGUAACUCCCUGAACCAUCCCCGCUCCACAACCAUCAGCACCGUCCCUGAAUCCUACCUUAUCCAAACUCACACAAAGGAGAAGGUGCAGGAAACGCAGAUAUGACAUUCCGACAGCCUUUUCCAUAGAAACCAUGCGAUCGAAUGCACAACAGAACAGACAGCAAUUACUUUUGUACCCAGUGCAAAAAUGAGACUGUUUUUCUUGUACAUGCUUCUACAUAAAUAUAUUAAUAUAAAUAUACAAAUGAAUCCACUAUGGGAUGACAAAAGAAACCGAUUCUAUUAAAGUGAAAAUGAAUUUAAACUAUUUUCUAACUUGUAACUCCUAUUUAAGAUGGGAAAAAGUGACAAUGCCGAGAUGAUAUUGCAAAUGAAGACAGAUUUGUUUGACAAAGGGCAACCUGUGAUUUUUAAACCAUGCUGUAUAGAAUGCAGUAAAGUCCCAUUUAUACAGAUAACUUUCUAAGUAACUGUCCACUGAUUGAUCUUUAAAGGCUUAUCCUCUAAAAGCACCAACAAUUUGUAUCGUGCCAAAUGUUAUACUUGCAAUAAAUCAGACUGGGAUAAGAGAUAGGAGACUAAGCUGUGCAAAACACAGGAUGGAGACCAAGAGAGAAAGGAGCAGCUGGAUUUACAGACGCUGCUGUUCUGCAGCUCCCAGCCAAAAGCUUUUUGGGCUGCGCCAUAGUUUUGCAGCAAAACUGUAUGUUUGAAGUGGAGGCAUUCUGCUUGCUUUUUUUAGGUUGAACUAUUACUCUUGGUUUUAACAAAUGGGUUUCUUUAUCUACGGUAUUUCCAUCAGGUUCAUAAUUUGGGUAUCGAUUGCUUUCCCCAUUACUUUUUGUACUGCUUUAAUUAUGAUUUGACAGGCUUUUAGGGCUAAUUUAGUAAAUGCAUUACAAACAGUUGCCUCCGAUUUGUAGCGCAAGGGCUCAAUUGGACGUUAGUUUGCGAGACGGUUGCGUGACUUGAUGGUUUGCUGCAGGCUCAAGUUAACAUGCUUUCACAAAUUCUUUACUGAGAAAGAGAUUGAAAUUAAUGUGACAAUUAUGGACUUUCCUUUAUGGAGAUCGUUCAAACAGCGAUUUUCAUUUGCCCUUAAAGCAAGACUAUUUUUACGAGGAGUCCACAGAGGU